AUGGACGACUCAUCAAAAGAGGCGCCUUUCAAUGCGCCCUUUGAGAAGCAGCCAUUCCCGUCCCUGUCAGAAGACGACCUCGCCUCCCCAGAUGGGCCAGGAAGCUAUGUCGAAGAGGACGGCAGUGUCACCUCUCCGGGCUACGAGGAGGUCGAGGUGGAGGAUGAUGCCGACUUCCAAUCGCAUUACUCCGAAAACCAAUCUUUCUCUGACUCCGAGGAUGAUGAUGAUGGUAUUGGAAUGCACUCUUCGCUCCGACAGUCCACCAGCUCGCUCCAUGGACCCAAUGCUUUUGCGCCUCCCUUCUACAACCGGCCACCGACGCCUCUGCCGCCAUCGCCCUCGCUGACCUCUCUUCUCCGACCGCCGUUCUCAACCACGACCUCGCGCCCAACGACUCCGGACAGCUCGGAUGUGGAAACCCCGAAUGACACUGAAGCUGCCGUCGCCAAGUCCGCUCGGCGCGCAACCACCGUUCCGCGCGCCAGUCCCAAGGUUCCCACCUACGAGUAUUACGGUUUCGUCCUAUAUCUGGCUUCGUCUCUGGCAUUCUGUAAGUUGUAA